GAAACACAGACAAACCCACCGCAUUCCACGUAUUCUCUGACAUAAUAGCGCAUUGCAUUAACAACCAAUUUUUAAAAUUAUUAGAUCCCAAAUUUGGAACAUUUCCUAUUUUAUUUUCCAACUUCGAAUUCUCCGACGCCGUCAAACAGCUCCGCCGUCCUUCCCCUUCUGCCCUAAUUUUCAAAUCGAAAUUUGGGGGUUGUUUGGUGGUGGCGGCGCAUGGCGAACGGCGGAGAGGACGAUGGCGGUGGUAGGGCAGCGGGGCCGGAUUUCGAUCUUCCCGACGAGAUAUUAUCGGUGAUACCCACGGACCCCUACGACCAGCUGGAUCUGGCGCGUAAGAUCACGUCCUUGGCGAUCGCGUCGCGCGUCACCAAGCUCGAGACGGAGGCCGGUAGUCUCCGCCGGAAGCUUCACGAGAAGGACCGCCUAGUUCAGCAGCUGGAGGAUAAGGUCGCCCAACUCGACGGCGCCUAUCAGGACGCCGAGUUCCGAUUGAAAGUUACGCGCGAAGAUAAUAUGAAGCUGAUGCAGGAAAGAGAUUCGUUGGUUAUGACAGCAAAGAAGCUCAGUCGUGAUGUGGCGAAGCUAGAGACAUUUAAGAGGCAACUCCUGCAGUCAUUGAAUGAAGAAAAUGCACCAUCAGAAACUGUUGACAUUGGAACUUAUGACCAAUCAGCGCCCAAGGCUUACAUAACAAAUGAUGAUUCAAAUGGAUAUACGAAUCAUCAUUCUUAUGGUGGUGCUACCGACAACACAAGCACAAAUGAUGAAGUUUCUAUGCAAGCUGGGCAAAAGUUGUCCGUCGCACCCAAUAUAACUCCCCGUCUCACUCCUAGUGGAACUCCACACGUGAUUUCCACUAGUGUAUCCCCGAGAAGGUACUCAGCAGCUACCACUCCUCAGAAAACCUCUGGUGCUACUUCUCCUUCUGCAAACUACAAUGGAAGAGGAUCCUAUUCGUCUUGGUACCCUUCCAGCCAGCAGUCGUCAGCCGCCAACUCUCCUCCUCGAGGACGUCCACUGCCAGGCCGUACUCCUCGAAUUGAUGGUAAAGAGUUCUUCCGUCAAGCAAGGAGUCGGUUAUCACUUGAGCAAUUCAGCGCUUUUCUGGCAAAUAUAAAGGAAUUGAAUGCGCAAAGGCAGUCGCGGGAGGAGGCGCUGAGAAAAGCAGAAGAGAUAUUCGGGACAGACAAUAAGGAUCUGUAUAUCUCAUUUCAGGGGUUGCUAAACCGCAACCCGCACUAGAAAGGCGCAGUAUGCUAGUUGGUUCAUGCUCGAAUCGUUUUCCAUUUCCUCGUGGGGGAUGUGUCGUCCGAUUUUGACAGGUACCGCUGAUCCAGAUUAAACAAACCUUGUUUCUUCUAUUUUGUGCAAUGACACAUGGUAGUUGUAAAUAAUGGCAUUUUUGUUGGCUGCUGCUAUUUGAUGACAUUUUUCGUUCCCAUGCAUAAUGCUCCGAUUGGAAAUUGAUUCA